AUGUUGAUGGACACCCUUAGAGCGUUCCUUCUUGUUUCAUUUCACUUAACUGCUCUUUCGCAAGCAUCAAGCAUAACGUGCAAUACUGAUGAUAUCGAUGCUCCCCUUGCUUUUCAAGAUGGAGAUUACCUGAUGGCUGGAAUCUUCAACAUUGGUACUAUGAAGGAACGUCAACAGAUAUCUCCAACAGGAGAGAUUGUAAAUGUAGAAUAUUGUUCCAGAGAAGGUUCUUCCUUGUAUGGAAUUCAAAAGGCUCUGAUGCUUCGAGAAGUAGUGGAGAAACACUCCAAGAAGUUUAAAGAGUUGGGUUUUAAAGUUGGGUACAUUGUCUACGACUCGUGCAGAAGUUUCGAAGUUACGACCAGGAUAUCUGUCCUGAUAUCAACCAAUGAAAAGGUGAUCGGAGUAUCAGGCGUAGAUAGCAAGGAUUACAUGAAACGGUCUGCCGAUAUAACUGCUUCAAUGGGCAUUCCUACCUUCAUCUACAUGUUUAACGAUGCUAAGAUGAUGGACGAGGACCAAUAUAAGACUCUCUUUUCCAUGAUUGAGACAGAAGAGACUGAGGCAAAGAUCACUAUAAACUUCCUUAAAGAAAUGGGAUACAAGUAUGUUGAUAUUUGGUAUCACAAAUUCUCCGAAGAAAUGGCCUCAUACAUCUAUGAAGACUAUGUGCAGAAAGUUGGAUGUGGCCAUUUUGCUGAAGUCACGUCCACUACUGACAUACCGAGAAUCCAGGAGGCCUUUAACAAAACCGGUGGUAAUCCCUCUGAAGUACAGCUGAUCUUAGCAAAUAGCAUUGCCACCACACAGAAAAUAUUGACUCACAUGAUCUCGGAGCUAGGUUUUACUAAGAAGAUAUACGUUCUUGGUUUUUCCAACGGACGAAAGAAAUAUUUAGAUGACUGGGUGCCGAUCGUCCAAUCUGACAAAUACAGCUCCAUUGUAGUACCCCUCGCUCCUCUCUUGAACAUAGACUUGGGAAUGAGAAGAAUCCAUCUAACUUCAAGUUGGACCAGGUCCAAGGAUAAAAUGGAUGAACUGUACAAGAAUGUCCAACUACGAGACUGCCCCGUGACAGAAUCGAAUGGUGUCAGUAUAUUAGCUUGUAAGUGGACUAGCUGGUUACAGUACGUUGUCGGUGGCACUGAAGCAAUCCUCCAGUCACUUUAUCGUACUUUAUAUGAUGAUCAAGAUCCUAGCAAUUGCCCAACCAAAUUAAGAAUGAAGGUGUUCAAUUCCAUUGUAGACGAAAACCAAACAAUCGUGGUCACCAUGAAUGAAGAUCUCGACUUAAACGUUACUUUCCAAAACAAGGCUGUCAAUAUAGACUACGACUUUGGGGUCUACCAAGCUGAAACAGAAAGUUAUAAUAUAGUCGGUAAAAUUCAUGAGAACAAAAUAGAGAUAACAAAUCCUGGAGCUCUAGAGAAACUUCAUUAUCAGCAGACUUGCUCCUCGAAAUGCAAUCCCGGACAGUUCAGACUAUAUACCGAAGGUAUCGCCUACCUGCCUUGUUGUUGGUCAUGCAAGCAAUGUAGCAAUCACUCUAUAACUGUUGGAUACAAUGAGAACAGCUGCAGCAGUUGCGGUCCGGAGGAAACCUCUAACAAUAAUCGAACUGCAUGCCUCACCACCAUGCUCCAUUACAUCACUCCGUCAUCUACCAUAUUUAUUUGUGCAGCUCCUGUUAUCUGCAUGUGUGCACUCGCUGUUAUAGUGAUAUUUAUUGUCAUUUUCAGGAAUGAAGAGAGGCCCAUCAUAAAGGCUUCUGACCCUGGUUAUCUGUACAUGUUACUGUUUGGCCUACUCAUGGGAAUGGGCGCGAGUUUUCUUCCUCUGUUGAAACCAACUCUUUGGACCUGCUCGCUGGAAUACAUCCUCAUCUUGAUCUGCACCACCAUUUUAACUACCAAUCUUCUCUGGAAAUGCAUAAAAAUCUACGGAAUAUUUGCAGCUGCCAAUAGUUUUAGAAAGCCUGUGUGUGAGGGUUUCUUUAAAACGGCGGGGCAAACUUGGCUCAACAUUGGAACCUUGGCUGUUGUAGCGGUACUGGUCUUGAUUGAUUUUCUAACCGGAAACGGUUUGGGCUGGAGAUCCUACGAAUCCCAAACAACGUAUCACUCACAGCGUUACCUGGUAUGUCAGGGAAGGAGUGAUAAGUCCAUGGUGUUUACCAUGCUUCCUCUAGCUGUACCUACACUCUUCUUCGUUACCACCCUCGUUCUAGCCUUCAAGAUGAGGCGAUUCCCCCAUAACUUCAGAGAAACCCUGAACAUCUUUGGAGCUACCCUUAUUGUCAUGCUGUGCUGCAUCAUGUUCCUCAGCGGGUAUAACCUUUCUCACCUCUACCUUCGUGCUUUCCUGCGAUCCAUCGUCGUCUUGGUAACCUGCUUUGCAUUCCUCUUCUGCUUGUUUGUUCCUAAGAUUAUACUGCUUCUCAAAAAGGAUCCCGACAUUGAGGCUGAAAAAGAUGAGAUCAAGGCUUCUGUCCGUAAGUUCUCAUGCAGAGAACCUCAGAAAACCCGCAGAAAAUCAACAAUCGAUGCUCCACCACUCACACAAAUUGAUGAAUUGUAAAGAGUGGUGCCGGCAUGGUGAAUACAUGAAUCACACAUAAAGGAUGAAGCUGAAAAUACGACUAGGAAAGAAUAAAUCGAUACAUAUACGAAUAAGGGAACAGAGACUUUAACUUUUUAAGACUGCUAUAUUUUCUUUGCUAUUAAUUUCCGCGAAAUUGGACCUUUUUUGUUGCUUAUUUGCCGUUUUGUAAAAACUUCUCAACUUUUUCGAUUAAAGGCAAAUUCGCUGCAAUUCUUACUACUUGGUGCAACGAAAAUGCUAUGGUACAUUGGAGCUUUGCUUUCUAAAAGCAUCUGGCGUACUGCAUCAUUCACAGCAUUUU